AUGAUAAGACUCGGUAUUAAUGCAAAGUAUAAAGAAGAUGUUUGUUCAUGGAGGAUUCACUUUGGGCCUGUGAAUGGUGACAUUUCUCAGUUCUAUAUGAAAGAUGCUAAUAUUCUUCACAUGUUGAAGAGUCCUCCGGUGACAACCGAGUUAGUCAAGCAUUUGAUCGCAGACAAUAUACAGGGAGAUCCUAGUUUAAAACCUAAUCAGAUCAUUUCACUUUUUAAGAAGACUUAUAGUUCCAAUAUUAAGUAUUACCAUGCUCGUAGAGGGAGAGAAAUCAUAUUUGAACAACAGUUUGGUGAUGACGAGAAGUCGUAUAGUGAUUUAGUUUGGUAUGUCAAAGCCGUUGAGGAAACUAAUCCUGAUAGCUAUGUGAAUUUUGAGGUUGAUCAUGCAACUAGAAGAUUUCAGAGGCUUUUCAUAUGUUUUGGUGCUUGCAAGCAUAGUUAUAAGUAUCUUAAGCCCAUGAUUUACUUUGACGCUACUUUCCAAACUGGUAGAUUCGGGGGUGCUUUAAUGGCUGCAACAUGUGUCAAUGAAAACAACGGUUUUUACCCAUAUGCUUAUGCUCUUGUUUCUGCUGAAAACAAAGAAAAUUGGUUUUGGUUUCUAGACAAUCUUAAACAAGUGGUGGAUGGUCGUCCGAUUGUUUUUCUUAGUGAUCAUGGAGAAGGCCUUUUGAAGGGAAUUCCAAAAGUAUUUCCUGAUUCAUAUUACAACUAUUGUUUUUUCAUAUCAAGUGCAAUCUUCCUAUUUGAUCAGGUGAUGCAAACUCCAAGGUCGUUAUUGAUUUGUUUUACAAAGCUGCUUACUCUUAUACAAUAA